CGCGGCGCCACCGGUUCACUCCGCCAUCGGCACCCGCGACGUUCGGACGUGUUGAUCGAGAGACGUGUGACCGCGCACGGCCUCCCCGGUGACUUUGGGCGGACAAGUGCGAGCGUGACGACGACAGUUGAGAACAUUAUAAAUAUCGCGUCGCACGUGAAGCGCAAAUACGGGAAAACGACGGUUGUGUCGUGUGAUGUUCACUGCAGUGCGUCGAAAGUGCGCGUAAGAUAGAGAGAGAGAGAGAGAGAGCCCGACGCGCGAAGACAGAGAGACAAUACGCAUCGAUUAUCCUUUGUGUGAUCCAUCCGUUCGUUCAUCGGAACGCCGCGGUAACGCGACGUGUCAUGCCGAGAAGGAGCGACGAAACGGAGUAGUGAAAGAGAAAAGGAGACGAAGUGCGCAGACAGUGCGAGAGCGUGGUUCUUGCGUUUUCUCCUUCUCUGUCUCUCUUACUUGUCGCGGAGAUUCAUCGGUCGCCGCGGCUCGUGUUACCUGAGCCCGUGAACGUCCCCCUCGCCGCGAGAGCUGCAAAGUUCCCCCUCGAUAAUCUUUCUUCUUCGUGACUUAGCCUGCAGUCGUCGACGAGUGACAAGCAGCCGCCUCGUGACAACGUUCGUGUCAAGGCACAUACGUUGGACGAGACACAGUUCGCGCUCGGUCGCAGGCAUAACGGUGUUUUCGGAGUAACGCGUGACGCGAAGAAGCAUGAGGUUGUUCGCGAAAUAGCGACGUCCGAGAAUAGGAAGAGACUCGCGCUGCUCGUCGCGCGAUCAGACGGACGACGCGACGCAAUUCGACCUGACGUUUCCUUUUCGGCCGGCGAAGUGGAAUUUCGCAGAGUGAGAGAACCGCCGACUGUGAUGCCCACCGACAACGAGCUCUUGUGAAAUCGCGGAAGGUGACACGGCGCGUUUGUGCGUUGAGGAGUAAACGGCCCGGCGACCUCGCGGAAGCAAGGAGAGUGGAAAGAAGAGACUGGCGAGUGCUGUUUUGAAGGAGUUCUUCUCGUUUCGGUGAAGCCGAGGAGUAACGAUUCACACGAGGAUCAGCGCCACCAUCGAUCUUGCUGCACCAUUGGAUAUGUCGCGAUGGAGCUCGAGAUAGAAACCAGAUGCGAUGGAGCCUCGUGGCGUCGGCUUCUACUAUGAGUUGAGGCUUCGUAAUUAAUCGGGGACUGGCAUGGAGAAGGAGAACUCCGCAUCGGGCGGAGGCGGCGGUGGUGGCGGUGCUGAAGCAGCAGCGGCAGCGACUCCGGGCGCCACUUCCACCUCCGAGAAACUCCAGGCGGACCAGGCCAAUCCGUUGCUCGAUCCUACUACACUCUUCGGUGCAUACUGGCCUCGAGGCGACAGCGCGGCGUCGUCUCUCUUCGGUGGGAUACCGGGUGGCUAUGGCUUGGGGGCCCACCAUUUGCCAUACGCUAUUCUGGGCCGAGGGGGUUCAGCGCCUGGCUUCGGGGGCCACACUCCGGCCUCGGCGCCACCCCCGUCGCCGUAUUCUCACAGCAGCCUCGGUACGCUCGGCGUGGCUGCCACUCAAGCUGCGAGUCUAGGUAUCACUCCAGCCAGUGCAGCAUGGUGGACAAUGGCCUCUCAUCUGGCGGCGCAGGACUACAUCGCGAGGCUAGGAGCGGCAGGACUUUCCGGAUUUCCACCUGGUGCCGAGAGCCUUCUGCCAUCCUACCCUCCUACCUCUCUACUUAAUCCCCCGUCCCUCUCGUCCCACAAGUCUAGUAAGUCUAAGUCAAGUAAAAGUCACAAGACGCCAGCUAGCAGUAGUAGUUCGACGACGCCGAGUAUGACGAGCAGCCUGCCGGUGUCUACUCAGUCGCCGGUGACAUCCUCUCAUCACAGCACCCCGGUCAGCAGUGCGCCAAAUUCGCAAACGAAUGUCGUCAGUUCUGCGAAGGAAGGAAGCGAUCCCAGCAGUAUAUUGGGAGGUGUGCGUCUACCUCCCGACACGGAAAUUAUCAAGUACACGUCGAGUAUAGUCGGUCCAAAGAUUCCCGGGACGACGAACCGCGGCAGGAAAAAGACAAUAUCCUUGGACACUCCCAGCGUCAGUGUGCACGCGCCGCCCGUCCCAGCUCUUAGUGCGCAUCAGACGAACACGACGUCAUCGUCGUCGCUGAUGAUGGAGCCGAGGAAGUACAAUCGCACGGGGACUGACUCGAGCGAGUACAGAGAUUCAGUCGAUCGAGUCGAAGUGAUUAAGUUGCCGGCUCAUUCGACCAACGGCUCCAUUCUGUCGGCGCCGCCGGCGUAUACCAGUAGCAGCAGCACCACCAGCAGCAACAGCAACAAUAAUACCAAUGCCAACAACAACGUCAACGACUCAGACGCGCCCUUAAAUCUCUCCUUGAAGCCUGCAACGACGAGCAAUAGCUCGCCGAUUUCCGGUAGUCAGCCGCUCAGUCAGCUCAGUAAUUUAAGUCAAUCGCUACUUGCCUCUGAUCGAACGUCGAGACGGAAGCCGGGACCCAAACCGAGAAGAGUGCCGCAGAAUUCGGUGCCGGUGCCGGCGUCGCCUAGUCCCUCCUUGGCGCAGCUCUUCGCCGCCGCAGACUCGCCGCAGCGGCCGAGCAGCGGUAGCGAGGAAAGUGAGGGCGCGAGCACCGCCACUCAUCACAAGGACGGCAGGCCGCGAAAUCUCGGCCGCGGUGUAUCGAAGCCUAAGAAAAACACGGUCGCCUCGCUGCUGGCUCAGAGCAGAGCCCUGGGAAUUAAACCCAGCCCGACCUUGGAUCCAAACGUGCCAUUGUCUCACCAGCAAGUGUCGUUACUCAGGACGAACAUACUGGCGGCCCAGAUGCACGUUUCCGCUGCCGCCGGGCAAAAUGACGAUAAGAAUCAGUACUAUCAUUUGCUAAAGAAGAUACAGAAGAAGAAGCAACCUCGACCAAAUCGUGCUUCGUGGGCGAGGAAUCACGAGAAGAUGAAGAACAAAUUAUUGGAGGCGUCGGGGGAGGAGAGCAAUAUGGACGUGACCAGCGAGAGCGGCAGUAACACCGACGUGGUCACGGACACCGACGACGACAACGCGGAGGGCACACCAAGCGCGAAACGGAGGAAGCUCAGGCCCAGCGAAAGAGAUCUCCAAAUGCCGCUGGAGCGCGGCUGGAAGCGUGAAACGGUUAUCAAGGGACUAGGAAAGACGGGAGUGAUAAAAGGCGACGUGUCCUAUUACAGCCCCUGCGGGAAAACUUUUAGAAGCAGUCCCGAUCUAGUGAAGUUUCUGGAGCAUCAGAAUCCCGCCGAGUUAACAACCGCCAAUUUCUCGUUCUCUUCCCGUCCGUUGGUCGGAGAAUUUCUUCAGCCAACAAUGGGCUUGGCGGAAGCCGAAUUCGUCAGACUCGGUGCCCAGGAAGUAGCGAGAAGAUUGGAGGAACUCAGAGCGGCUGGCGGCUUGAGAGACGUACGGACAAAUAAUCAGUACGAGAGAGCAGACAAGCUAGCUUACGCGAAGAAGCUCGCGAAGGAAGAAGCACAACGACACAAAGAACAAGCUAGGCUUAUUAAGGAGCAGGAGAAGUCGGAGCGACAGGAAGCCGUGAGGCGGGAGCGGGAGAUCAGGAAUCAACAGCUGCUCGAGGCCCGGAAAAAACGGCACGAAGAGGUGGAGAAGAUCCGACUGGAAGAACAACAAAGGAAGCAACAGGAACGAGAGCUGAAGAGGCAGCAGGCGGUCAUGCUGAAGGAGCAGAUGUACAUGCAGGAGCUCACCAAGCAGCGCGAGAUGCUCUACACCGUCGAGCUGGAGAGAGAAAGAAGGAGGCAACACAUGGCUCUGGUGCGGGCGUUGGAGAACCGUCGGAAAAUGGAAGAGAAAGAGAAGAAGCGCCUGGAGGCCAGAGCCGAGAGAAUAGCGACGAAAGAGAAACGGGCGGAACAGAGAAGGGUCGAGAUGGAGUUGAUCGAGCAAAUUCGCAAGCCUGUGGAGGAUAUGGAACUGACAGAUCACAGACCACUGCCGGAAAUCAAGAGAUUACCUGGACUCAAACUAUCCGGGCAAGCUUUCGCGGACAUCGUCAUGGUUUUCGAAUUUCUGCACAAUUUCGGGGAGACUUUGGGUUUCGAUAUGGAAUCGCUGCCAAGCCUGAAGAGUCUUCAGCUCGCUCUCCUCAACGACGAGGAAGCCGAGGAGGAGAUGUUGUCGGUAAUGACGCAUCUGUUGGUCUGCGCUAUCGAGGAUCCGGGGAUUCCGCAACCGGCCAGGCACACCACAGGCUUAGGCCAAAGUUUGCGCCAGGCUGACAUCACUCACGCCAACAUUAGCGAAGUCCUGCGAAUUUAUCUGUACGCGAACGCGACCGGCGAAGUGAAGGCUCUCACGGGGGUGUGUCUUGAGCGUGAGCGUGACAAGAAGUUCGCCGAUCAUCAUCAGAACGGCGGCGAUUACGCUUCGACCUGCUCGGGAAAGAACGCGCAGUUCUACGAGCACUUGCACAACAACGAAACGUGGAAGAUGUCGGAAAGAUUACGGGACAAGCCUUUUUUGGCGUUGAACCCGACGCACAAGGCACAAAUGCUCGCUUUCCUCUGCAACGAGCUGCUGCAAAAUAAGGCUGUGAUCAGACAGAUAGAGGGUAGCCUCGAGACGGUAGCUCAGCUGAAGAAGGAGAGGUUCGUCUUGGAUACCAAGAUCAGAAAGCUUAGACAAUUGCAUAGUCGAAAAGUGCGGAUGGAAGCUGUCGGCGUCAUCGUGAACAAAAUCGGUGACACGAUUACUAUCGAGAAAAAAGAAGGCGAAGAGGAAAGCAAUACCACGUCUACUGCUGUAGGCACGACGCCUACGCCGGACGAGAUUCAUCACGAGGAUGAAGUAGAAGACAUGUCUGAGAAUGAGAGCGAAGGCACUCAGCCGGAAGAGGAGGAGGACAAGAAUUUGUCUGGCGAGGAAUUGGGCAAAAAGUUGGACAAGCUGUUGAAGCAGUCGGAGGAGCAAUUGCAAAAGUUGAAUAGCUCCUCGAAACAGUUACGGGCGCACAUCUUUGGCCAAGACAGAUUUUGGAGGAGAUAUUGGGAAUUAGCAUGCGCUGGUGGCAUCUUUGUGGAAGCUAUGGAGAGUGCUGAACCAGAGAUACUCGAACUCCAAGCCGACCUGGACGAAAAGUACAAAAAUAUGCCAAUAGAGGAGAAAUCUGAAGUGAAACAGGAGGGCGAAAGCAAGAAGAAUUGCGAGAAUCGCGAGAAUGAAGCGCCGAACGAAGUGAAGGGUGAAAAGAAGCACAAUUCGAGCGAGCAGAACGACGACGUGAAAUGUCACGGGGACAAGGUGAAGUCCGAGGUGGAGGAUGUUAAUUGCAAGAAGGAGCCUGUACAAAACUGCGGCUCGGAGAAUUCCGAGGGCACGAAGGAGCAAAAAAGGAGCAACGACGUCGACAGCACGAUGACGGACGCGAAGACGAACGUCACGUCUGAAGAAAUAAAGCAGGAGACGGAAGUGGUCGGUAUGGACGUCGACGCGAAGACUGAGGACGUGAAGAAGGAAAACGAGGAAAUGGACGAGGACGUGGCGAAGCCGCUGGUGAAGACGAUGGAGGACAAGAUCGUCGAGACGAUCCCGAACGGCGACAAGUUCAACCACGUCAAUAAUCUGCACAACGGGAGGGAACUCAACGGCUCUUUCAUUUCUAUCAUGUCGAUCAUUUCAGACAGCAGCAAUACGGAGCCCAAUUGGUUCUCCAUUUUGCCGCGUGAGACGUGCGACACUCCGGGGCCCAGCACGAAACAAAUCUUCGGCAUAGCCGAACCGACUGAGCUCAGAAUCCCGAUAUUCCCGCCACCGGCUAGUCCGAGUUACGACAGAUGCGACAGUCCAGCGCCUCUGAUACUGACGCAGGAUGAGGCGGUGCAGCUGGAAUAUUUGAAAGUGCACGGUCUACCACCACCCGGAGAGGCCAAACCGGUAUCGAAAGAUCUCAGGUACGGUUGGUGGAGAAUAACGGACGUCGAUACGUUCCAAGAACUCUUGGAACACUUACAUUCUCGCGGCGUCCGUGAGAAAGAGUUAAAGCGCACAACGUGGGCGACAAUGGAGUCCUUCCUGGCGGUAACCGGUAGAAUUAAUGUCGAUCCCGGCAAUAUCAUCGCCACAGAGCUCCAAGCGCAACCAGACGACGCUAACACGCCAAUCCCGAAGCCCGACAAUCCGAACAUCUGGAGUGAGCAAGUAGCGCUGCGUGUAGACGCUCAGCUUUUGGAGCAGGUGGAAGCGCUCGAAGACAAAGUAGCUAACGCUAGCAUGCAGGUCAAGGGCUGGAAGCUUCCUCCGCGAGCCGGCACCGAAGAAGCCGAGGAAAUUGAAAAGCUGAACGAAAUGGAGAAGAUCAGCGCGGUCGAACAAGCACGGCAAAGGCUACUUUCCUUGGAGGCAGCUAUAGAAAGGAGAUACUUAAAACCACCUUUGGGCGUUUGCACGGGAGAUCCCAACCUGGCAGCCCUCAAGGCGGAACAGGCGGCGGCAGCGGCUAACGCAAACUCGAAUAACUCCGAGCAGAAUAACCAGGCGCCCGCACCGCCGGAGGAAACGACACCGCGGGGUCUGAACACCUGGCGAGAGGCAACCGCGCGAGCGCACACAUCGGCGCAACUCGCCAUGGCGCUCUACAUGCUCGAGGCCAGCAUCGCUUGGGACAAGAGCAUCAUGAAGGCUGUGAGUCUAACAACAGCUAGAAACUCGGUCUGCGCCAAGCUGCGAAACCGCUGCGUCUCACUCAAAGCUACCAAUCAGUACAAACAGCUAUUGACUACUUCUCAGACCUCUAAUUGCCAGUUUUGUCAUAGUGGGGACAACGAAGAUAAGCUGCUGCUCUGUGAUGGCUGUGAUCGUGGCUACCAUACUUACUGUUUCCGUCCAAAAAUGGAAAACAUUCCUGAUGGUGACUGGUAUUGUCACGAGUGUAUGAACAAAGCAACAGGUGAACGCAAUUGUUUAGUAUGCGGGAAGAGGGCGGGUAAAAACUUGGUCCUAUGCGAACUCUGUCCCAGAGCUUAUCACACUGACUGCCAUAAUCCUGUCAUGCCAAAAAUGCCGCGAGGAAAAUGGUAUUGCUCUAAUUGCCACAGUAAACAACCAAAGAAGAGAAAUAGUAGUCGAAGGAGUCAUACCAAAGGGGGAGGCACCAGAGAAAGUGAAAGUUCUGAUCAUCCACCAGCUAGUCCAACGCCGUCAACGGCAUCGAACACGCACGUAGAGGACGUCAGUUCGUCGGAACCGGCAACACCUACUGCCUCGCCACGGAAGGAGGGUAACAAUCGGACGCUCACGAAGAAGCAACAACGAGAGCUGGCGCCUUGUAAGAUACUCCUCGAACAGUUGGAGCAACAGGACGAGGCCUGGCCGUUCCUCCUGCCGGUGAACACCAAACAGUUCCCGACCUACAAGAAAAUCAUAAAAACCCCCAUGGAUCUCAGUACGAUUAAGAAGAAGUUGCAGGACUCCGCGUACAAGUCUCGCGAUGAGUUUUGCGCCGAUGUCAGGCAGAUGUUCAUCAACUGCGAGGUAUUCAACGAGGACGACAGUCCUGUGGGCAAGGCCGGCCAUGGGAUGCGCAGUUUCUUCGAAAUGCGCUGGACCGAGAUCACCGGCGCACCGCCCCCGCACCCGCAAACGCAUAGCUGAGGCUCGGUACGUUCGCGCAACACCUGCAACAGCUUCGCCCACUUCUACUACUAGGAUAACUUUGCACCGCGUCGCUGCGACAAGCCGACAGUUGUCGAGAGGGGACUGAUCCACCCUUGCAUUCACACUUUCGAGCAUUAGUCGACCUCGUUUUAGCGGCCGAUCGAGAACUUUUCCAUUGUAAGAAAUAAUCGUUGCGAACGCGGGUACACUCGCCUACCGUAUCAUUCAUUCUUCAUCGUUGUCGCCGUGCAUGGGCGCAUCUUUCCCGCGUUUCGUAAGAUGCUCCAUAUAUAUAUAUAUAUAUACUCGGGUACGCAUUGUGUGACACGAGUGUAUCUCGUACUUUUAGUCUCCUAUCAGCACCCACGGCGUGGUCAAACUUAUUCAUUGUAAAGUAUUACACCGAGACACCGUUCACGGCCGAUCGGAUACUCGGCUUCGGUUUUAACGAGAAUCUUUGCGAGAAGGCUUCGCAGUGUUUGAUCUUCGGUCUCUGCGGUAACGAGAGCUUCUCGACGUCGACGUGAUUAAUCAGAUAAGAGACAUGCGUUGUUUCGAUUCCCGCCGAUUGGGGUGAAGCAAUGCGAGUGGUCAUUGUACUUACCGAUAAACAAGUGAAUAUUUGCCUAAGCGAUUAAAGUGUAAUUUGCGAUUGUAUUAUACAGGCUUAAUGCCGACGCGUCGUCGGCGAAAGAAAUAUUUUGCAAAGUAAUUAAUGUGAAAAAAAGAGAGAAGUUAUAUAUAUAUACAUAAAUAUAUAUAUAUAUAUAAAUAUAUAAAUAUGAAUAUAGUGUACAUGUAUUGUACACGUCACACAUACAUACACUCAUACAUACACCUUUGCCCACGGAUGAGCACGAUAAGGGUAUUAUUCGCUGUAGAAGUAGAAUAGACAAAACGAUGGACGAAGUUAAUGUUUGAAUUGAAGAAAGGAUCUUAACACCGUUUCGUAUAAUCAUUUUCAGUCCUUACAUUUGCUUUUAGCAUUGGAUUUCGUUAAUUCGCGAGUAUACGAAGAAAAAGGGCACACGAAGUACGCAGAGCGAAAUUCGUAAUACGACAAAGAGGAAGCAGAUAUUCCUAUUUUCACAUAUCGAUAUUUUAGAACAAGAAUAUACGUCUGACCGCUAUAUAGAUUCGCGAAUGUGGCAAAUUAAUAGAUAUAGCCUGUCGCGAUCAUGAUUUCUUUUUUCAAGUGAGGAAAUUUACGCGAUUCUUUUAACGUAACCGGCGAUUAUUAUUUAUAAACACGUGUCGAGCCUUGCAUAUUCUGCAUAUUAAUUAUACGUUUAAAAAGAUGUUAUCGUUCGUAGAGAAAUGUCAAGUCUUUAGAAUUCUCCGCCUGCUUGAUUUUACGCAUCGCAAUGCAAGAAAAUGUCGUUCCGAAUAGUAUUUUCACACAUUGUGUAUACAAAUUCGAAAUUAUUCACUGCCGUUAAAGAGAUUCGUAAGAGUUGCAUCGCAUUGAGAUCAACAGCCCAAGAUACUUAUUUAAAUAUAGAAGAGAUUAUUAAUUAAUCAUCCGUGAAUGACAGCGAUUCUUCUGGUUUCAUCAUUUUUCGUUUAUCAAAUGUCGCAGAAGUUCCGAAUCGACACACACACAUACGAAAUUAGACGUUCAGGGAUGAACAUUGCGAGAAACUGUGUUGUCUAUUUGUCAAAUUAAUUCUCACGUCUGAUAAUGCACUUAACAUAAAACGCGCCAUUCGCAUAUAACGCAAGUAAAAAGUGCAUUGUACGGACGUCUUUGAGGAAAUAAACUCUUUUCAACAGCAACAGAUGCGAUUGUAUAUUUUGGUUUGUCAUAGAAAAUCACUACAUUCGUAUUCGUCAUGGUGUGUAGUAUUAUUACAAUGUAAGCACUAUCGCAAUUUUAGGCGCGCCGAGUUUAACGACAGAAUCUUGCAUUCUCUCCCAUUAGCGCAGAGUUUUCUAAGAAAUAACGAUCGUCAACGUAUGUUAGGAUCGAGAUUUUUCAAACGAUAUAUUGUCAUCGUAGAAUAAACGCGAAGAGAUAAUACAUUGCGAUGCGAGUAUGUCGGAUUGUAGCAAGUUUCUUCGAUUAUAAUAAGCCGUGAUACCUUUGUAAGUGUGACCAUUUUACGCGAGACGGUGUGAACGAUGUAACGGGAGCGUUACUGCUCCUGCUCUUGUUUUGUAUGUAAUUGAUGUACAUUAUUCCUCGUAAUAGCGAAUAGUUGAUAAUAAUGAGAGAGAGAGAGAGAGAAAGAAAGAGAGAGAAAGAGAGCGAAAGAAAGAGAGCCGAAGGAAGAGAAAGUUCAGCCGUAGCGUGACGUGCUAAAUGAUUACGGUUUAAAGAAGUAAAGAGAAACAUUCGCGUAGUGUGUACAAGUAUUAGUUAGAGUAUAAAUGCCAGCGGAGGAGCUAUUACGAAAUAAAGAUAAUUAAUAUCGUUCAAGAUGCGACUGAAACGCAGCGACGCUGUCACGAAUCGUCGCGACGUUGUAAUUUAGGAAACGAACAGACGGUAAGAUCGCUAACGAGACUGCGCGAUUAUACUGUGACUUUUGUGACGUUUUAAAAUGCGUUCGAGUAUCGGCACACACAUAGUCUGUUAGUUUCAUCCUAAAAAAACUUGUUGACAUAUUGUAGUUUGGCAAAAGUUAUAAAAAAAAAAAA